UCUGUGGUGCUCAAUGCCCUUCCGAACACUGUGAAGUCCUCUCUCUUUCUCUCUCUCGAACACACACACACACACACAAACACACACACAGAUUCCUCUGCCCUCCACACACAGGUGAAAGAGAGAGGGAGGAGGAGAGAGGGGGAGAGAAUAGCGGUGAGUAAGCAUUCUCAGGCAGGGGACCAAUUUCACUGCAUCAACUGAGGUUUGCUUCAUUCGAAAACUUGUCUGAGCUCAUAGGAGGAGCGCGGUCGUGAACGCUGGAGGACUGCGCAUUCAGCAGUAGCCUACUUUUAGAUUAUCGCUACACUACAUAAAGGCAGCAUUGUUUCUAUAGUGAGCAAGAGCCUACCUUCCCUUCUGCUUACUAGAAAAUCUUGUAAACCGCGCCGCUGGUCAGGUUGGAUGCAGAAUGUCGAAAAUAUUUUUCUUCUACAUGUGGAACAGGUGAAAUUCUAAUAAUAGAAGAUUGAGGAUUAAAGAAAACACUCCUGCAAACUACCACUACUAAUCAGGAACCAUGGCGACCACAGAGCCUACAUUCCCAAGAGUUCGCUUGCUGCUGUCGUUGGCUGUCAUUAUUUCUCUCCCGGGCUCCAUUGCUGCCAACAAGACCCUAGGCAGCCAGCCCCAGGGCUGUGGCCCGAACGUGGACUCCCUCUACUACAACCUGUGCGACCUGAGUGCCGUGUGGGGCAUCGUGCUGGAGGCCUUUGCCGCAGCUGGAGUGGUCGCCUCGCUGGUCCUCUUCAUCGUCCUCCUUGCCAGCGUACCCUUCAUUUCGGACCCCAAGCGGCGCAGCUCGGUGGGCCUACACAUGUGCUUCCUGGUGUGCACACUGGGCCUGUUCUGUCUGACGUUCGCCUUCCUGGUGGGCCGUGACUUCUCCACGUGUGCCUCGCGCCGCUUCCUGUUUGGCGUGCUGUUCGCGGGCUGCUUCUCCUGCCUGCUCAUGCAGGACGUCCGGCUCAACCUGCUGGCCCGGCGUGACAGCGGACCCCGCUCUUGGGUGCUGUGCCUGGGCGCUCUGGGGCUGUGGCUGGUGGAGGUGAUCAUCAACACGGAGUGGCUGAUCAUAACGGUGGUGCGGUACCCGACCAACGCCACCGGCAGUAGCGGUGCCAUCCCGUGCAACAUCGCCAACCAGGACUUCACCAUGGCCCUCAUCUACGUCAUGUGCCUGCUCCUGGCUGCGGUGGUGGCGGCGCUGCCCGCUCUGGCCGGCCGGCACAAGCAGUGGCGCAAGGACGCCGGAUGCGUCUUCUGCACGGGCCUGCUGUCCGUGUGCAUUUGGGUGGCGUGGAUCACCAUGUACGUCUAUGGGAACGGCAGGACAGGCGGCCCCAUGUGGGACGACCCCACGCUGGCCAUAGCCCUGGUGGCCAAUGCCUGGGUCUUCCUGCUGCUCCACACCAUCCCGGAGAUGUGCAGCCUCAGCACCGACGACGAGGACCAGCCCGGGUUCCGGGAGGACCUCUACCCCAGCCGCGGCGUAGGCUACGAGACCAUACUCAAGGAGCAGAGCUCGCAGAACAUGUUCAUGGAAAACAAGGCCUUCUCCAUGGAUGAGCCUAACUCAGGACUCAAACCAGUGUCCCCCUACAGCGGCUACAACGGCCAGCUCCGCAGCUCAGUCUACCAGCCCACUGAGUUAGCCCUCAUCAGCAAAGGAGUCAGCACUGUGAGUCAUUCAGAGGUGCAGUCGUAUGACAUCCCCCGCGCCACGGCCACCCCCCCAUCCCAGAAUGGGAGCAGCAGCAGCCCCUCCCUCCACACGGAGGAGGCCGCCAACCAGCGGCAGGCCAGCACUGGUAAUGGCUUACACAAGAAAGCCCAGUGGUAAAUCCACACACAGAACCUGCCAUGCGAUCUACUGUUAAUGGACAUUUUCUCUUCCACAACCUCAGAAUGCAUUCUGCUGUUAUUUCAAGGAGUUUUGGCCACGAAUGGAAAGACUGACAAGACUUUGUUUUUGUGGUGACCGGAUCAAUGUUCAACCAUUUCAGCAAUCUCCACCCAAAGACGUGGAAUGCCGAUCCCUUUGUUGAGCACCCUGUCGAGUCCCAUGGAGCGGGGUGCAGUUAAGAGCAAGACCAGGUUGAGUACACAGGACAAAACACCUGUCCGCUGAAUGAACCUGCAGGCCUGAGAAUACCAGGCUGGCACUGGACUCUGAGAGAUAAGCCUGGCUAUUCACAGAGCACGCAAACACUGGUGCUGGCAAAACGGCUCAGCGUUUCCACAGAUACCAGCCUCUGGUGAUAACGCGUCAAAAUGUCCAAAUCUGUCCAAAUCUGUCCAAACACUCACUCACUGAUACAAAUGUGAAACACCCGCACUCUUCACACACACAGAACCGCCAUUAAAAGAACAGGAGCACAAACAACAGAACAUUGUGGAUGUUGAGAGGCUACAUGAGGCAUGGUCUAUGUGCGGAUCAUACAGUAACACACCUAAGCAUUUGAAGCUUGUUUGGCUAUUGCUUGACCUUAUUUAACAGACCAUAUUCAUUAUCGUUUGAAGGAAUAUGUUAAAAAUGACAUUUCACUUACGUAUAUGUAUAUAUUGAGACUUAGGUAGAUCUGAUGUUUACUAAGAAAUUGCAUGCAUGAGCAAGCUAUUGUUUCACCUUGUGCUAACACAUCAUUAGAACUUGGUAUAACCAUCCACAAUCAUGUAUAUAUAAUUUCACUCAAAAAUGUCUACAUUUCUGCACCAGAGUUAAUAUAAAUGGAAGUAAGAUUGAAAAGAUCAUGAAGGAUCUAUAUUGUAUUUCCUUUUAAAUUUAUUGAAAAAUAAAACAUCUUUUUACAA